UGUAGCUUGUGCUGUGGACAGUAGGAUGGACACAGGGGUAGAUACAUGCAGGACUUCAAGAAGGACUUUGCACCAAUAGUUUGACAUUUGUCUUACACGCUAACGUCAGCUUUGAUUUGCAGUCACAGUUUUCCUUUCAGGCGCUUGGAAACUCAAAGCCUAAAAUGACCAGCGCGCGUAUUUACGCAAGAUCGGAUCACUAGCGGCUCCAUCCAGGGACCCUUCAGCUCGGCGUGCUCAUCACGUGCUUCAGCUCAAUCCAUCCAACAGCUUCAAGCAGAAGAAACUGUUUUCCACAGUUCAGGAAAAGGCUUGUGAAAAACCGACAAUAUUGACGUAAAAAAAAAGAAAAAAAAAAAAAAUUUAACUACUCGGAAACAUCGAGCCGAAAGCGCAAAAGAUCGGAUGUGAGUGGCGGUGUUGGCAAAACCUCCAGGACCAAGUGCCUUUCCGCGUCUCUAGCAAGCCGUGGGAAGUUUCUUUCCCCCUGAAAACCAUCUGACACACAUGAUCUGCUUCAUACACACUGAAACUGGACCACUAGGGAUACUUAUCCAUAGAUUGUAUAACAGCCAAGAGAAGACGAGGCAAGGAAGUGGAUCGUGUAUAAACUGAAGGGUUUGGGGUGCAUGCAUAAAUGCCAAGAAAUUGCAUUAGAGAGACGUCACCCAAGGAAAACAAAAUUAGUUUAUGGAGGAUGGACCUGCCAAACAAGGAGAUACGGUCACCGGAGAUUGGCCCAAACUCGGCAAGGGGCUGUUGCUCAAGCCUAAAGAUGUUCCUCGUGGCCUUGUCCUUUACCUAUUUUGCUAAGUCAUUAUCCGGGAGUUAUAUGAAAAGCACAAUAACCCAGCUGGAAAGACGCUUCGACAUCCCCAGUUACUUAAUAGGUGUCAUUGAUGGCAGCUUUGAAAUAGGUAACUUGUUGGUGAUCGCCUUUGUGAGUUACUUUGGUGCCAAACUUCACCGUCCGAAGAUCAUCGCCAUUGGCUGCCUGCUGAUGUCAUUAGGGACUUUUCUAAUUGCCUUGCCUCAUUUUAUAAUCGGACGCUACAAGUUUGAAACAUCGAUAAGAUCAUCAGUGAACUCAACCAGUAACCUCUCUCCGUGUCCAGCGGUGUCUGCUAGCAUUCUGUCCACAGGUCCCAGCACCUCUUCGAUACCUAGCCUAGGUUGCGAACAAGAGUCCAGAUUGUCCAUGUGGAUCUAUGUUUUCCUUGGAAAUAUCUUGCGUGGAAUUGGCGAGACCCCGGUGCAACCUCUAGGAAUCUCAUACAUAGAUGACCAUGCUUUGGAGGAAAAUGCUGCAUUCUAUAUUGGAUGUGUCCAGACAAUAUCGGUCAUUGGUCCCGUGUUUGGGUACCUGCUGGGAUCCAUCUGUGCCAAGAUAUACGUGGACAUUGGAUUUGUCAACAUGGAGAGCAUUAGCAUCACCCCAGGAGAUGCUCGCUGGGUCGGCGCCUGGUGGCUGGGGUACCUCAUUGCAGGGCUCAUAACCCUUCUGUCUGCUGUGCCAUUCUGGUUUUUGCCCAAGUCUUUGCCGCUGCCAGAUAGACGGCUUGCCAAGUAUUCUCCUGAGCGAACCAGCUUCAUCAAAGACUCGCCCCUCCUGGAGCACAAGUACCAAGCAGAUGAGCCAACAAACUUCGUAGAAAUGGCCAAAGACUUUUUGCCAACACUAAGAUCCUUGUUAGGGAAUCCAGUCUAUAUUUUAUACUUGUGUGUGACCAUCAUCCAGUUCAACUCUUUGAUUGGAAUGGUGACAUACAAGCCCAAAUACAUAGAGCAACAUUACGGACAGUCAGCGUCCAAGGCCAACUUCUUAAUGGGAGUUAUCAACAUCCCAGCUGUAGCCUUGGGAAUGUUCUCAGGGGGUGUUAUCAUGAAGAAGUUCAAGCUGAGCAUCAUGGGAGCAGCCAAGUUUGCACUGGGAACGUCUCUCCUGGGCUACUUUCUGUCGCUUUUCUUCUUCGCAAUGGGAUGCGAGAAUGCCAACGUGGCGGGCAUCACCAGGUCUUACGAUGGGACGGAGAGUCUUUACAAAGCGGACAGUUCUCUGUUUGCGAGAUGUAACGCGGUCUGUGAGUGUCCUGAAGCAAACUGGGACCCUGUGUGCGGUGAGAACGGCCUCACAUAUGUCUCGCCCUGCUUGGCUGGGUGCCGGGGGUCCCACGGCUCUGGAAUGGACACGGUGUUUGAGCAGUGCAGUUGUAUAUCAGCCGGGAAUAAAACGGCCAGUGCGGGCCAAUGCAACAACAGGGAGAGCUGCCAGCAAGUCUUCCCUUACUUCCUGGCUCUGUCUGUCAUCACUUCCUUUAUUAUCUCACUGGGUGGGACGCCGGGAUACAUGCUGCUCAUCAGAUGCAUCAGGCCGCAGCUCAAGUCAUUAGCUUUGGGUUUUCACACACUGGCAACACGUACACUAGCUGGAAUUCCAGCUCCUAUAUACUUUGGAGCAAUCAUAGACACCACCUGUCUGAAAUGGGGUCACAAGAAAUGUGGUGGGAGAGGGGCCUGUCGAAUCUACAACACCACUGCCUACAGGAUAGCAUAUCUGGGCCUGACACUGGGGUUACGGACAGCUUCCUUCUUCCUGUGCGUGCUUGGGCUGGUGGUGUUACGACAGCACGUUAAAAAGCAAGAGCGCAGCACACUCGCCAAUGGAGUCACGGGGACCGCAGCCAGUGAACUGCAGGCCCUUAGGAAGGAAGAAAGCAAUGGGUCUAGCUCAGACCAAUGCCCACGAAACUCAGAUUAUGACCCAGAGCGAGAGACGCGUCUGUGACACACAUACUGUACACACACAGCAAACACACACAGGCCCGCGCAGGGAGCAACAGGGCUGUGAUCCAGCAUAUUUUAUUUGUUAUUUCUAUUUUAUCUUUCUACUUGACCCAUGUAAAUGAUGUGACAAGAAAAAGAAAUUGUUGUUUUGAUAUAGUCAAAUUAUUUCUUGAAUGUAAAUGCUGUUUUUCAAAAAGAAAACAAAAAAAAUGAAAGAAAUAAGAAUGUCUUAAAAACUACCUAAACUGCAAUUACCUGCAAUUUGUAUAACUGAAGUCUGAGGGGACAUAAAGACAUCUAUAUGGGUCUAAUCUCUUAAAGAGAAAUAGUCCAAUCUCUCAAAGUAGUCGUCAAAUGAAGUAUAAUUUAGGUUAAGUCCUCUCAAAAGUGUAAAUAAUGUGGUUUUUGUGAGCAUCCAACCAGCCCAACAAAGCAACCAAUGGCGUGCAUCAGCCAAUGGCAAACAGGAGGAGUAUUUGGGAAACCUGUUUGAAGUAAUUAUUUCUGCAAUUCCACUUGGUGCCACUAGGGGUACAGAAAUUGCACAAUUCACCUUUGAAUGGACGUUAUUUACAUUAGUGCAAUCUUCCAUUUUUGACGGGGAUGACCACCAGGCUGUGUGGAAUAUAUUUGCAAUCUGCAAUCCAAAUAAAUCAGUAGACGAAAAUCUCUAUAAAACAGGAGUUGUGGAAAAGGACGAGAUAUAUUCAGCACAUGACAUUGAAGAGACUGCAAGUCUAUUCCUCAGCCAGCCUCGUUUUAAUUCACGUCAAAAAUCAAAUAUGGCGCUACUGUGAAAAAGGUCGCCAUCCAAAUAGAGAUUGGAUUUCCUCUCAUUAAAGCCAUUGUAGUGCACAAGAACAAGAUUAUACCUUUUGGGUACAUAAUCAUGUCCAAUCGUAACUUUCUAUUAUGCCAUACACACAGAUAGAUGCCUGUAACAGUUGACCAUGACACUGUGUACUUAAUAUAGGUAGGCCUUGGAAUAUGGCUACAGGAGGUUGACUAUUUUGAGGAUAUCCAUGAAGAUCUCAAACUGCUUCUCAUUUGUUUUUUAACACAUGAAGCGUCAGGAAGGGAGUGUGCCAAGUGUCACACUAACGAAACGCUCACUAUUGUGCUUUUCUGUGUCAUCUGGUAGCAGUUCCUCCCAUUUAAGAAAAGCAUGAGUAACGGUCCAGUACCAUAGGCUAGCGAACAGGUGUAUGAUGGUAUAGGUAUGUAAGUAAUCAUCUUCAUGGUUGAUGUUGUAUAAAGUGUGUAUCUCAGUGUGAGAGAUGCUAUGUGUGUGUGUGUGUGUGUGUGUGUGUGUGUGUGUGUGUGUGUGUGUGUGUGUGUGUGUGUGUUACGUGUGAACGGGUGCAUUCCUGUGCCAAAAAUAGACAAACAAAAAAAAGUGUGAGAAAGAAAAGUCAACAUGGUCUAUUCUCAGGUUGUUCAAUCAGUUGUUCCUUAAAAUUUGCAAAUAAUUCUUUUAUAUACAUGCUCCUUUGUUCUUGGCACUACAGGUCGGCUCCUGAAAUAUUUUGUUCAUUUUGGGCAAUUGAUGUUUACCAGAAACAACCAAGGAAAUUAUUUUUAUUUCUGACGUGUAACGCGAAUAAAACGAGUGGC